UUCGGUCGGCCGGUGUGAUUUUUUUGAAAGUUUCUGCGAGUGUUUACGUGGACCCGGACGGUUUCCCAAAAAAACAUCCCAGUCCGAGAGAGACAGCAGCCUCUGUGGAGUGGCAUUGCGGGGAAUGGAGACAGGGGCACGCUGUACUUCUGCAGGGGCUCCUCUCAUUGAGUCCUCCAAGAAAAAGGAUGUCCGCAGCAGGCAGCCGGGGAAGGGAAAGGGGAAAGAGAAGGAGAAGGGGACGGAGGGAGGAGGUGCCAGUGACAGCCGAAUGAAGCGCCUGUUUGGACUGGAGCUCUCUGACGUGUCGAGCUGGCAGAAGUUUGUUUGCCUGUUAAACAGACCCACCGACCCUGCGUCCUUGGGAGUGUUCAGGUUCCUCUUUGGCAUGCUGAUGGUGGUUGACAUUCCCCAGGAGCGUGGGUUGAGUUACGUGGAUUAUAAGUACCUGGAUGGGAUGGUUGUGUGUCGAUUUCCCCUUUUCAACUUCCUGCAGCCCCUGCCACUGGAUUGGAUGUACCUGGUCUAUGUCAUCAUGCUGCUGGGUGCGCUGGGGAUCAUGCUCGGCUGCUUCUAUCGGCUCGCGUGUCUGAUGUUUAUCUCAACCUACUGGUACAUCUUCUUCCUGGACAAGACUGCCUGGAACAACCACUCCUACCUGUACGGGCUCAUUGGAUUCCAGCUCACCUUCGGCUGCUUCUAUCGGCUCGCGUGUCUGAUGUUUAUCUCAACCUACUGGUACAUCUUCUUCCUGGACAAGACUGCCUGGAACAACCACUCCUACCUGUACGGGCUCAUUGGAUUCCAGCUCACCUUCAUGGACGCCAACCGCUACUGGUCGAUUGAUGGACUGCGCAAUGCCAAGAAGAGGAAUGCCCAUGUGCCACUGUGGAACUACACAGUGCUGAGAACGCAGAUUUUCAUAGUCUACUUCAUUGCCGGGCUCAAGAAGCUUGAUUUUGAUUGGAUAGGGGGCUAUUCCAUGCAUUAUCUUGCUAACCAUUGGCUGUUUGAUCCCUUCAAGCUGGUCUUCUCCGAGGAGAUGACCAGUGUGCUGGUGGUGCAUGGUGGAGGGCUUGUCCUGGACCUCACAGCUGGGUACCUGCUCUUCUUCGAUGCCACUCGCCCCGUCGCCAUGGUCUUCGUCAGCUACUUCCACUGCAUGAACUCCCAGCUCUUUAGCAUCGGUAUGUUUUCCUACACCAUGCUGGCCACAAGCCUCCUCUUCUGCUACCCAGACUGGCCACGUCGCUUCUUCAGCAAGUUCCCAGCAUGCCUCAGCAGAGCCUUGCCCAUGGUGAUGCCCGCCCCACAGCACAGCCCCUCGUGUGUGUACCCUGAACCCGAGUCCAGCGAGGCUGCCAACCUGACCAAACCUACCAAACUGAGCCGGCGGCACCGACUGGGCGCCCUCUUCACUGUGCUGUACAUCGCAGAGCAGUUCUUCAUGCCCUACUCCCACUUCAUCACUCAGGGCUACAAUAACUUGACCAAUGGGCUGUACGGCUACUCCUGGGACAUGAUGGUCCACUCCCGCUCACACCAGCAUGUCAAGAUCACCUACCGGGACGGUGUGACCGGAGACAUCGGGUACCUGAACCCAGGGGUGUUCACCCACAGCCGGCGCUGGAAGGAUCACGGUGACAUGCUAAAGCAGUACGCCAGCUGCCUGAGCCACCAGCUGAAGAACUACAACAUCUCUGAGCCUGAGAUUUACUUCGAUAUCUGGGUCUCCAUCAACGAGCGCUUCCAGCAGAGGAUCUUUGACCCGCGGUUAGAUAUUGUGAAAGCUGAUUGGUCGCCCUUCCGCCCCAAUCCAUGGCUCAUGCCCUUGCUGGUUGACCUUUCACCUUGGAGGACAAAAUUCCAGGAGAUUGAGGACACACUGGACAAUCAGACGGAGGUGGUCUUCAUCGCUGAUUUCCCAGGGCUCCACCUGGAGAACUUUGUGAGCGAGGACCUGGGGAACACUAGCCUGCAGGUGCUGCAGGGAGAGCUGAGUGUGGAGAUCGUGGAGGAGGGGAAGAACUACACCAUCAAGGAGGGAGAGAAGAUGCAGCUGCCUGCGGGGGAAUACCACAAGGCUUACACAGUGUCUCCAGGGCCCUCCUGCUUCAUGUACAUCUACGUCAACACCACAGAGACAGCUCUGGAGCAGAACCUCACCCGGCUUUACGAGUUGCAGGAGCGAGUGCGCAACGGGACAGAGACGGAACCUCUUCCUCCCGAGUUGCAGCCCAUUCUGAACGGCACAGGGACCGAUGUUAACGUGACUGACCCUGUGCUGAAGGCCUUUCUGAGGAGGCAGAGGAAAAUUGAGGAGAUUCAGAAAAGGCGGAAUGCCACCAUCGUGGAUCGAUUCACUCGUUUCACUAUUAAGAAGUAUUACCUCCUCAGGAGAAGUUUUCUGAUGACGGCGAUCGCGAUGCGGAACCUCGUGGUGGGCCGGCCCCCCUUAGAGCAGCUUGCCCAGGAGGUGGCGUAUGCCAACAUGAAGGCCCCAGAGGGGCCUGGGAGCAGCGAGGCGGUGAGGAAUGACGACAGUGACCACACCGAGCUGUGACCCGCCUGCCCUCUUGCUACUGACACCCAGUGUUUCAAUUCCCACGUAACGGACAGUGUUUCAGUCACUACGAACAUACUGUAAUCCGAAGUUGUUUUCUGGUGUUCUUCCUUUAAGAGAAAAAUAUAAGCGAACGGUGAGAUUAAGUAAAUAGCUUUCGAGAAUCUGGCUUAUUGUCUUAAUGCAUUUUAAAUCAUAUUGCAUUAGCCAAUUGGAGAAAUCUAAUUGUGUAGACACAGUUUUUAUCUUUAUAUAUAUAUUUAUAUUUAUAUAUAUAUAUAUAUAUAUAUAUAUAUAUAUAU